AUGCCACCCAUGUGGGCUCUGUCGCCUUCGCCCUCUGAUUCAUCCACUGAGCGCAGUCAAAGCUCCUCCCCCGAUCGAAUUACUAGUGCAAGCCCAAAUGGUAGCCGGCGGAUCCUUCCCAGAAUCCCGCGAAAGGUUGGAGCAAUAAUCCGCGACAACGAACGAAAACACACGAUGGAUAUUGAGAUGGAGAUUUCUCAGAACAUUCCCGCCGAGGCCGCCAAUGGCUCUACGAAGCGUCGCCGGAGCACCUCUAUUGAUACAGUUAUCCUUAGCUCGAAAAUAAAAACCAGCGAUCAAGAGGCCAUGCCACACCACGCGAACAAUAAUGAGCGUUUCCCACCUAGCCCACACAAAGCCCGCAAAAAAAAAAAUAUCCCCAGUGGAGCCAGAAAGCCGAAUCCCUAUUAUAAUUCAAACAAGGCCAGCUUUGGUAAGCUUAAGAACAGCUCGGCCGAUGGAGGGUUUUCUUACGGAGACCAGUUGGGGCCCAAGACCUCCGAAUUCUUCUCGGGACCAGUGGAUCCCUCAAAAUUCAAAACCGGCCAUGUAUCUGGGCUGCUGGGUAUAAAAGCCAAACCUACUUUCAACCCAAUGCUAUACCAUGCUUCACUGCAGCAAUGUGAUUCUUCAAAGGUUACCGCAAAGAAUCUCACCCCUUCGUGGUUCCACUACCCCUCCGUGUCAUCGAAUCUAGAAAAUAGUCCGCGCUUCCAAUCUUCUAGUAUCUACUACUCCUCAAGGGAGGAAUAUGAGACUGUCAAUCGCAUCGACAAAGCGGGAUUUAAUCACAGGGUUCUGACUCAGCGCAAAGGUUCUGCUGCUUCCCUUACAACGGAGGAGGGCUAUUCGACCGACAGAGGUAUUGAAGAUGAGGAUCAGAAACUUGGGCGUGGUGGCAAGUCCUACGAGAAAAAUGAGAUGGAUACUGAGCCUGCAAAGCAGAAAGAGUUGGAUCAGCAGAAAGAGGCUCGCGCCAGAGCCUGGGUCGAGAGUAACUGUGAUGACGACCUUGGAGAUGAGGAUAAUUAUAAUACAAGGUGUAGUGGGAAGUUAGGGAAGGUAAUCGCGGACUUGCAGAAUGCUGUAAGACUGCGCGCCGAGGCGGCAAAUCAGGAGCUGGAGCAUCAGUCAAGUAAUUGA